AUGUUCAGCUUCUGGGUGUCAGUAGCCUUCUGGGCAGGCCUGUCUUCGCAGGUUCCGUUGCUGGAAACGAGGCAAAACGACAAAGCUUCCAGGCCCCUUCAAUUCAGCAGUGAUGGAAACUUCAAGAUUGCCAUCUUUGAGGAUCUCCACUUUGGAGAGAAUGCCUGGUCAUUCGGUCCAGCCCAGGACAAGAAGACCGUGAAAGUUAUGAGCGAUGUUCUCGACAAGGCCAAACCAGACUUUGUUGUUUUGAAUGGCGAUCUUAUCACUGGCGAGAACGCAUUUCUCGAAAAUGCCUCAUUUGUUCUCGACCAGAUCGUCCAGCCUAUGCUCGAUCGCAAUCUUCCGUGGAGCAGUACAUAUGGCAAUCACGACUAUCAAUUCAAUCUAAGUGGUAGUGACAUUCUCGCCCGCGAGGGAAAAUGGGUCAACUCCAGGACUCAGAAGAUGGUCUCAGGCGAUGUUGGUGUCUCCAACUACUACCUGCCAGUGUACGCGUCGGAUUGUACCAAGGACAGCUGCGCUCCAGAGCUUCUCCUUUGGUUUUUCGAUAGUAGAGGUGGCUUCAAGUAUCUCCAAAAGGAUUCGUCAGGCAACCAAGUCGGUAACCCAAACUGGGUGGAUGAGAGCGUCGUCUCAUGGUUCAAGUCUACCAACUCCGACCUGGUCAACAAGCACAAGAAGAACAUUACCUCACUUGCAUUCGUACAUAUCCCACCAGAUGCCUCACGCGCCGUACAGGCGAAAGGCAUCGACCCGGCCAAGGAGCCCGGCAUCAACCAAGAUAACCCCCUCUCUCGACAGUCCGAAGGAUGGUGCAGUGAUGGCACCAACAAGGAUACAUGCAGCUACGGCGGCCAAGAUAAAGCUUUUAUGCAAGCCGUUACUGCGACUCCGGGUAUGCUUGCAGUCUUCAGCGGUCACGACCACGGGAAUAGCUGGUGCUAUAAGUGGAGCGGCGCUGUCAACGGGCUGAGCGUUGAGGGCACCGGUGUAAAUCUGUGCUUCGGUCAACGCUCGGGUUAUGGAGGGUACGGAAACUGGAUUCGGGGGUCGAGACAACUGUUUUUGACGCGAGACAAUCUGUCAAAGGGUGUUGUGGACACUUCAAUACGACUGGAGUCCGGAGAUGUCGUCGGGUCUGUUACGCUAAACUCAACGUACGGACAAGAUCAGUACCCUGUUACCCCGGAUCAACGGACAUAA